AAUCUACAACAGUCAUUCGCCAAUUGAGUCGCUCUCACGAUCGUCAUUUCAAAAACUAACGUUUAUUUCCGUUCAAGUAACUUUUUUUACAUUUAGUUCAAGAAAAUCUAAAGCGUGUUAGUGUUUUUAUAAAAAUCAAGAAAAUUUUUAAGAAAAUUUAUCUUAAAAUGAAUUUUUUAAUAAAAUUAUUUGCUCUAAGUCUUGUGCUCGGUUUAGCCCUAGCCGAUGUGCGUUAUCGUGGUAAUGCCGUACAUAGAGAUCAUCCCAAUCAGUGUUACUAUGAAGAAUUACAGCAGGCAAUACCCAUUAAUCAAUCAUUUACACCUCUCAAUCGGGAAGGUCACUGUGAACGUAUUUUCUGCCGUUCGGAUUAUGUUUUAGUUAUGGAAUUCUGUGGCCGUCACAAUAUAGUACCUAAUGCUACAUGCAGCAUUGAAUCGGAUAUGCGUCAACCCUAUCCGGAUUGUUGUCCACAGCGUGUCUGUCAAAAUGAUAAUAAUUUUAUAUAAAUAUGGAAAAAACCAAACACUUCACCAAAGAUUCCAAUAAUUACUAAAAAAAAAGUAUUAAGAAGAAAAAAUGUUAAUGUUUGAAAUUGUUA